GCACAAUGGUUGCAAGGUGGUGAACGGGGGGAUAGAAGAAGUGAUUCAGCAUCCGAGAGUCCUUAUCCGUCCACCACUGCUUGUUUUAUUUCUCCAUCGCCAUUUUCUUUUAACAUUUUCCCCUUUCCUCCAUCUUUAUGAUUCGGUGCAAUGGACUUGGUCGGCAUGAUGUUUUCCGUGAGGAUGUUUUGAACAGGACUGUCACAGGACUGGGCUCGUCAUCAGCUGGCACGGAAUGGUCUUUAUGAGCAGGCAUUUCUUAUACAACUGCAGUCAACCAAUCCUGGAUGUGAAGAUAGCCUUUUGUCAGGUGUGUGUUCCAUACAGGUAAAAAGGGAUUUGGAAAACAAGUGGAUGUGUCAUAUAUUGCCAAGCAUUACAACAUGAGCAAAAGUAAAGUGGACAACCAGUUCUACAGCGUGGAAGUGGGAGAUUCUACCUUCACAGUCCUAAAACGCUAUCAGAAUCUAAAGCCCAUUGGCUCCGGAGCUCAGGGAAUAGUUUGUGCGGGCUAUGAUGCUGUUUUGGACCGAAAUGUGGCCAUCAAGAAGCUGAGCCGACCCUUCCAGAACCAGACUCAUGCAAAGAGAGCAUACAGGGAGCUGGUGCUCAUGAAAUGUGUCAAUCAUAAAAAUAUUAUCAGUUUAUUAAAUGUCUUCACACCACAGAAAUCUUUAGAAGAAUUCCAGGAUGUGUAUUUAGUGAUGGAGUUGAUGGAUGCCAACUUGUGCCAGGUUAUUCAGAUGGAGCUGGAUCAUGAACGAAUGUCCUACCUGCUUUACCAGAUGCUGUGUGGUAUCAAACAUCUGCACUCUGCUGGCAUCAUCCACAGGGAUCUAAAACCAAGCAAUAUAGUAGUGAAGUCUGACUGCACUCUGAAGAUCCUUGAUUUUGGUCUGGCCAGGACUGCGGGCACCAGCUUCAUGAUGACCCCCUAUGUAGUGACGAGAUACUACAGAGCUCCAGAGGUCAUCCUUGGAAUGGGAUACAAAGAAAAUGUGGAUAUUUGGUCAGUAGGAUGCAUUAUGGGAGAAAUGGUGCGCCAUAAAAUUCUUUUCCCAGGGAGAGAUUACAUUGACCAAUGGAACAAAGUGAUUGAGCAGCUUGGGACCCCCUCUCCAGAGUUCAUGAAGAAACUCCAGCCCACAGUCAGGAACUAUGUGGAGAACAGGCCCAAAUAUGCGGGCCUCACCUUCCCCAAGCUGUUUCCCGACUGCCUGUUUCCUGCUGACUCUGAGCACAACAAACUCAAAGCGAGUCAGGCCAGAGACCUGCUGUCCAAAAUGCUGAUCAUAGACCCAGCUAAGCGGAUAUCAGUGGACGAGGCCUUACAACACCCGUACAUUAACGUGUGGUAUGAUCCGGCCGAGGUGGAGGCGGUGAGUUCGCCUUAUCAACGGACCAUUGAUCCACUUCUUUCUGUCUUUGAUUGGCCUCCACCUCAGAUCUAUGAUAAACAACUGGAUGAGAGAGAACAUUCUAUUGAUGAAUGGAAAGAGUUAAUUUACAAAGAGGUGAUGAACUUUGAGGAGAGAACGAAGAAUGGCGUAGUGAAGGGACAGCCUUCACCUUCAGGUGCAGCCGUGAACAGCAGUGACAGCCUCCCUCCAUCCUCUUCCAUCAACGACAUCUCAUCCAUGUCCACCGACCAGACCCUGGCCUCAGACACUGACAGCAGCCUGGAGACCUCUGCUGGACCCCUCGGUUGUUGCAGGUGACUAGCCGCCUGCCUGCGCAACCCCAUGUUCUUCAGGAGGUGAAUGAACAACCUUAAAUAAAAAGUGAAAAGACAAAAAAAUGUAAAAAGAAAAAAAUAAAUAACCUAACUGAAAUAAAAUCUUAAGCCUGUGCAUUGUUGUUUAAAAAUCAGCAGUGGUAUUUAAAGUUAAAUAAGAGUAUAAUGUUAAUUAACCUUGUUGCUUUGCGUAUAAACUGCCCCUUAUGUUUUAAAUGGAAAAAUUACUGCUUAAAUCUGCAUUUCUUGUGAACUUGCAUAUUGGCUGGCUGCUGGUGUCCCAACUCUUUGCACAGGCAUUUAAGCUCAAUCCACUGUGGCAAGGUGGGCCGCCAUUUUGCUUACCGCCAAUGUACAAUGUAAACAUUCUAUCUUUUAUGUGACAACACUGCUGUAUUUAACUUUCAACACCCAUUCACUCUUAUGCCCUCAAUGAACGGUUGCCUGAUUUGUGCAUCUAUGUGUAAUUCUGCAGGGAUUUGUAGAUUUGUAGGGAUUUCUUGCACAUGGGGGCCACACCCCCUAUAUGCUUCAUGUAAAUAAUGUAAUUCUGUACAGUUGUAAGACAGAGUACACAGAGUGGGACAGAAGGCCAGUACAAUAUUGAGUUUUUCUGUUUUACUAUUCUGCACCUUGCCACAAUACUGCUUUACACUUGUGUUGCCCCCCCACUAUACCAUCACUUUUUGCUGUUAUAUUGCAUGGUUAGGCUGAAAACAAUGCUAAUCUCACUGUAUGCUAAAUACACGUCUGUAUAAAAAUGAUCUAUGUAAACUAACAUGAACAAAUGGGGGUGUAUUCACUGAAGUGUAUAUAACUGUGAUUUCUCAAAGAGUUAAGUGAGUUUGACAUCCAUAUCUCCCAUUGUUAUGUAGCUCUCUCCAUGGCACCUGUCACAUCCAAUUUAUUUAAAUUUUGUAUUCCUCAGUCUCAACAUUAAUAUAUUUAUUUUCAUAGAUGGACAUUGACAAUGGCAAGUGCCUUUUGAAGGAUGCAGUUGAAAUGUAUUUUUCUCACUUCUCUAUUCCUUUGCUCAUUUUGUUCUGCCUUAACCUCUCGUCACAGCCCUUAAGCAACUAAGCAUCCAGGCAUUGUAAUGCUACACAACUUUGGCUGGAGUAAAUUCUCAUUUUAGUGUGAUAUUUAAAAAAGCUUGCAUAUGGAUUGUUCAGCUCUGCACUCAUUACUUAUUACUAAUAACUUCAAAUUUAUUUUUGUUUAAUUGGAGGAUUUUCAUUCGGUCUUGGUCCCUGUAAUUUCAUUGUAGAGGGUGAUGUCUCUAGAUAGGCAACCACUUAGACUUUCGUUCAGUGUCUGGCCAGGGCUCUUUAUUAUUAUAUAACAUAACAGGGUGCAAAUGCAUUUUAAUCUCACUGUUACCAUUAUCAGCUUUCACCAUCUCACAAAUAUUAUUACAUUUUUUUUCUACAGGACAUUUACAGAACAAAUUUGUGUUUAUUUUUAAAUGUGAAUUUUAUGACAAUUCUGUAGGUGCUUUUUUGGAAUCAUAGCACCAUAACAUUGCAAAGGCUGGUGGCUGGAAAUCUAGCAUUGAAUGUACCAGAGAUUUUUGUUUGAUUUUUGUAAUGCACAUCAUUACAGAUGCCAUUACAGUGUCAUCUCUGUGUGAAGAUGUGAUUUGACAAUUCAGUUUAGUUUUGUUUUUAAACAAUGAAUAUUUUUUGAUUCAUUGUGAGAAUGUCAUUGCCCCCCUUCAGUACAAACUGUUUGGAUCUGUGUCUAAAUUCUCUCACCUUAGGAGUGCUAAAUUGCUGACACAACAAUAGUUCUCAUUAUUUAUUAGUAGUAAUUGGGCCAUAAUACAUAAUUGCCAGUUCACUAUAUUGCCACAAUAGUAAUAUCCAACCACUUGUGCCAACCUUUUUGUCCCAUUUUAGAAUUUGUGAUCUUACUCCAUCUUGUAUAUAAGAUCCAACAAUGCAAUAAACACUUUAUUGCACCCACAGGGAGCUGCUGUAGGAGGUCAACCGAUGUUAACAAAUAUCACAUGUAAUUUUAAGAACAAUUCAAGCUUGUAUAGCAUCUGAAUCAGGUGAUGUACUUUUACAACUUCUCUCUAUCUUCAAUUGGCUUUUCUUUUACUCUGUGCAGUUUUAACAGACUAUACUUUUGACAUUGAGAAAAUGGUACCUGUAUUUGUUCUCAUGCUGAUCUUGAAGCUUUGGGCUCUAGCAUUUUAAAUAAAGUUUAAACAAAUGCUAAAGAAAAUUAUAAAUAAAAUAAAAAUACAGAAAGAUGUUACACAACAAUUUAAAGGAACUGUGUAUGUAAAAACAGUAUAUGUAUGUGACUGAAAAUAAACAAAAUCUUUGAA